ACUCUUAGCCCCGCUGUCCUUACCGGGAUAGUCCGAGUCUAGAUCGCAGCCGCAACCCUAGCGGGUCGGUGCCCCUUUCAGCACAGGUCCUUUCCCCUCACGCCCCGAGCUCCCUAACAUGCCCAACCCCAGCAGCACCUCCUCUCCCUACCCCCUCCCCGAGGAAAUUAAGAACCUGUUGGCAGAUGUUGAAACAUUUGUAGCAGACAUACUGAGAGGGGAAAAUUUAUCCAAGAAAGCAAAGGAAAAGAGAGACUCUCUUGUUAAGAAGAUAAAAGAUGUAAAGUCUAUUUAUCUUCAGGAAUCUCAAGACAAAGGUGAUGCAGAAGAUGGAGAAGAAUACGAUGACCCUUUUGCUGGGCCUCCAGACACUAUUUCAUUAGCCUCAGAAAGAUAUGAUAAAGAUGAUGAAGCUCCCUCUGAUGGAAACCAGUUUCCUCCAAUUGCAGCCCAGGACCUUCCUUUUGUGUUAAAGGCUGGCUACCUUGAAAAACGCAGAAAAGAUCACAGUUUUCUGGGAUUUGAAUGGCAGAAACGGUGGUGUGCUCUCAGUAAAACAGUGUUCUAUUAUUAUGGAAGUGAUAAAGACAAACAGCAGAAAGGUGAAUUUGCAAUAGACGGCUACAAUGUCAGGAUGAAUAACACUCUUAGGAAGGAUGGAAAGAAAGAUUGCUGUUUUGAAAUCUCUGCUCCUGAUAAACGUAUCUAUCAGUUCACUGCAGCUUCUCCCAAAGAUGCCGAAGAAUGGGUGCAGCAGCUGAACUUUGUGUUACAAGAUAUGGGGUCUGAUGUUAUUCCUGAGGAUGAUGAGGAAAGAGGAGAGCUGUACGAUGAUGUCGAUCAUCCUCUCCCAAGCAGUUCACCAACGAGGAGUCUGCCAAUUGAUGAUGAAAUUUAUGAAGAACUUCCAGAAGAGGAGGAGGAUGGAGCUCUGGUGAAAGUGGGGGGACAAAGGAAGAUGAGUCAGGACAGUGUUCACCACACCACAGGAGAUAAAAGCACCGAUUAUGCUAAUUUUUACCAGGGUUUGUGGGACUGUACAGGAGCUCUUUCUGAUGAAUUGUCAUUUAAACGUGGUGAUGUGAUUUACAUUCUUAGCAAGGAAUACAAUAGAUAUGGCUGGUGGGUAGGAGAAAUGAAGGGAGCCAUUGGCUUGGUGCCGAAAGCCUACAUAAUGGAGAUGUAUGAUAUUUGAGAGUCCUGGGCAGGGAAAAUCAACAUUUUGUCUGAAGAGAAAAAAUGCAGCUUUCUCUUUCUGCUCGCAAAAAAGGAAGAUUCCUCUGCUAGUCUGCAAAUCUUUUGGAUUAAGAAUCAUUGUAAAAGCACGAAUGGCAGUUCAUAACCUUUUUUUGUUUUGUUGGGCAU